AUUUCCAUUCUCUCUUCGUGUGCCUCAGCCCGCCACACGAGAUCGCUUCGUAGUUUUAUCGUUCACCCUCUGUGUAGAUUUUCUUUUUUUUGCACAAAAUGCCAGUGGCGGAGGUGAAGCCGGACGUGGUCCCUCAAGAGGAACACAGUCCGCUCAAGGAGCCCAAGCGCGACGUGCCUAUCUCGAACAAUGUGAAGCUGAUCCCAAUCACGAAUCAAACGAGAGAACUACAAACGAUCAUCAGAGAGAAGAACACCUCACGGGGAGACUUUGUUUUCUACGCCGACAGACUCAUACGGAUGGUUGUCGAAGAAGGCCUCAAUCAUUUUCCCUACACGCCACAAACUGUGAUAACCCCCAUCGGAGCUACGUAUGAGGGACUCCGAUUUGUUAAGGGGGGCUGCGGAGUGUCGAUAGUGAGGUCGGGCGAGGCCAUGGAGAAAGGCUUGAGAGAUUGCUGUCGGAGCAUCCGCAUCGGAAAAAUCCUCAUCCAAUCCAAUGAAGACACGCAUGAAGCCAAGGUUGUCUACGCCAAGUUCCCCGAAGACGUGGCGAGCCGUCGAGUCCUUCUCAUGUAUCCGAUCAUGUCGACCGGCAACACGAUCAUCAAGGCGACCAGGGUACUUCGGGAUCAUGGGGUCAAAGCCGAGAAUAUCAUAUUGCUCAAUUUGUUUUGUACGCCAAAAGCCGUCAAGUGCGUGACGGACGCGUUCCCUCAGCUCACAAUUUUGACGACCGAGGUCCAUCCCGUGGCCCCCAAUCAUUUCGGACAGAAAUACUUUGGUACAGACUGAGUUGACUUCAGUCAACGAUGAUCCUUCGAUUCGAAUUCAGAACCGAGGAUCCCUUAGGAAUCUCGCAGUCAGAUUUACACAAUUGCCAUUUUUAUGCAUUUUACAUCGAUCCCACCGCGGAACAAUCUCGCUCCGCUAUAGUCGCCGAGCGAUGUUCUUUUUACCGGAACAAUCUAGUCUUUCUGGAGGAGCUAGGCGGAAACGAAGAGCUGGAGGAAGGAUUGAAGAGAAAGAAAGAGGGAAAACAUAUCGGUCGCAGCUCCUCAUAACACAAUGUUAGUCCUUCGUCGUUGCGACCCCGGAUCGGUCGCUCGCUGUUGACACAACGCACCACGGUUGAUGAUGUUUUUGA